AUGGGAUUGGGUUAUAGCAUCGAUAGAUAUCGUCAUCCUGAGAAAUAUCCUAAUAUAGAAGCUGGUCCAACAUUCGAUCCAUUAUAUGGAUUCCCUGAAGGAAGAAAAACGAAAACUUCACCUUAUACUCCAGAAGAAAUGGCACGUUUAAGUAUUCCGUUAGAUCACCGUGAUUAUUGUGCACAUUAUUAUCGAGCAAUUAUGCUAUGUUAUGCUGAAUAUCAGCCACGUGCCUAUCGUUAUUGUAAUCCUGAAAAACAUGCGUAUCAUGAAUGUUUAAAAGAAGAUCGUCUCGAUGUUAUUAAAGAACAUGAACGAGAAAGACGUUUACGUCUACGACGAAUAAGAAAAGACGAAAAAGAAAACAGAGAAAAACGUAUGGUGGAACUAAAUGAUCGACUAGCGCUUGAAAAUGAACAUCAAUCGAAUGAUAUAUGA